AUGUCAGGGCCAGAAUUAAUGCAGGAGCAGCCAAGAAUUGGGGGAGCGGACUAUUACUCGAGGCUCAAAGUAGAAAACGAGUUCCGCAAUCAAGGGCAGAAGAGAGUUUUUGCCAACGAAGUGCAGAGGAGGUUUAAUCGACACAAAAACGAGCAGGAAAAUAAGCUGGAUGAGCGUCGUCGCAAAUUACUGACAGUGCUCCAGUGCGAAGGGUACAUGUACGAGGAAUUAUGCCGGGAGAAUUUACGCCAGGAACAAAAGAAAAUUAAGGCCAAUUUAUUUGCGGAGGCUGAAAGGUUAAAGGGCGAACUGCUAGAAAAGGAAAGACAAAUAGCGGAAGAGAAAAAUUUAUGCAGAAGUGAAUUGCCCGAUCUCCAAGCCCUGCAUAAGGCCCAUUUGAGAGAAAUUAUGAGGGAUCGUGAAACAAUAGCAAGAAUGGUGGAGAGGGAUAAGAUGGAGCAAGAGAGAUUAGAUCAGCUCGUGGGUAUUGGACCGACCCUGUUAAAAGAACAACUAGAAAGAGAGGAGCAAGCGAAACAGGAACGACAAUAUAAACUGCGUGAAUUAGCUGAGGGGCAUUUGAGAGAGGCAGAGGCGAGAAAACGUGGUAUACUCCAAGAAAAACAGACUGAGCGCGAAGAGGGCUUACGAUUCCUGGAAAAACUAAAAACAGAGGAUGAACGAGAGCACGGAGCCUAUGACGACAGAGUGAGAAAGCAAGCAGAACUGCUCCAUCUUGCCCAGAGUGACCUUGUUGAGUCUAGAAAACGUAGAGAACGGGAAAGAUAUUUGGGAGAACUUGUUGACGCGUAUUGCAAUCCAUUUUUAGAGAUGGCGCGUGGUCGGGAUGUUCUCAAAGAGAAAGAGCGAUUAAGAAAGGAGCAACUCCAAUUUAUGGAGUAUCAGAAACAGGUUACGAAAGAUGAAGAAUGCUUUGAUAAACAUACUGACAGACUGUAUGCAGAGAUAGCUAGAAGAAAAGAAGCGAAGGAGAGGGAACGAAUGCGGAAGGCUCGAGAACGUGCCACGGAAGAAGCGAAACAAGUUGUGGAACACCAUCGUAAGCGAUUCGCGGAGAAGGCUGCUGCACAGAAAGCAGCUACACAUGAGCAGAAGGAAAUAGCUGAAGUGAUAAAACGGGACCAUGAGCAAUACGUUGAACAAGUAAAACGAGAAAAACAGGAACGCCUUGAUAGAAACAGAGAAUUUUUGGAAGCUUCUAAAGUUCAUGCCGAACAGACCAAUCAGCUAAGGCGAAAGUUGACUCGAGAAGAGAUGGAGCGCGAAAGGGAAGUUAUGUUCCGGACUGAGUGCGAAUAUCGUCGGCGAUUAGCUCUGCUAGCUGCAGAUAAUCCUACUUUACGGCACCUCCAUCCUUGGCGUAAGCAUGCGAUGGCAAAUAACCGU